AUGGCGGCGAGGGAGCGAAAGCAGGGGUCGGCGGCGGCGCAGGGAUGGAGCGAAUUGCCAUCGGAUCUCCUGGAGCGCGUGUGCCUGCGGCUGUGCGUCGCGGACGUGUGCCGCCUCCGCGCCGUGUGCCGGGAAUGGUCGCUCUUCCUCCGCUCCGCCCAAUUCAUGCACAACCACGCCACCGCCACCGCGGCAGCCGCCCCGCCCGCGCCCCACCAGCGCUGGAUCGUCGUCUACACCGACCAGAUGUACGCCUUCGUCAAUGGCCGCCGCUGGCUGCCCGUCUCCUCCCCGGCGGCGUACCGCCACCACUGCCGGAUACCACGGCGGCACGAGGAGGAGUACCAGGCGGACGUCGUGGCGGACGGCGCCAUGGUUUGCGUGUCGCGGCGGAGCUUGAUCAACGACAACUCGGUGAGAGAGGUAUUUGUCUACAACCCCGUCGCCAAGCUCCGUCUGGAUCUCCCCAAGCUCCAGCUCAAGCUAGAAGAAGAAGAAAGCGAUCGCCAGGAGUGGCCGAGGUGGCGGCCGUGGGCUCUCUCCUCCGGCCCCGGGAGGAGCUUCAAGCUCCUCUUCCUCCGCUACCAGAGCUCCCAGUUCUAUCUCUUCGACGCCGAUCGAGCAGAGUGGCUCCUCCGGACGAUGCCGCGAUCGAUGAUGUUGGAGACGGUCCAGCACGACGACUUCUCCCAGGCCGCGACGUGCAUCGCCGGCGUGGCCUACUGCGUCAACUGGGAUCGCAGCGCGGUGCUCACGUACAGCGUGGACAAGGAUUCGUGGGGGAAGAUCGACACGCCGCUCACUCGCCACUCGAGGAACUAUCUGCUGAUCGAGCCGCAGAUCGUCAAGGGGCCCAAGCUGGCGCCGAUGUUGGUGGCGGGGGUGAGGAAGCGGCGGAACGCGUGGCUCCACCCGAGGUGGCGGAGGGACGCGGACGAUCAGGCGGAUGUUGUGAGCAUUUGGGAGCUGGACACGGGCUCCAUGACUUGGAGCAAGAUCUGCGAGAAGGCUUGCGAGCUCACGUCGUAUGCUCUGGCCGGGAACGAGCAGCACAUCUUUGUCAUCCCCCACGGGAAUGGGGAGGUUCUUGCGUAUGACACGGCGAGUAAGUUGUGGGAAACGAGGCCGGCCAUCCCUUCGCACGAUUGUUUCAGCAUGGCCACCUUUUCGCUCGAGGCGAGGUUCUAG